GCCUCUAUCUAACAAGACUGCUUCCGCUUCGAUGCUAUCGUGAAUCGCGCAGCAACGCAUGGUGAUGACCGAGCACGUAGUUCGUUUCCCGAUGAUGUCUCGCAGUGAUUAUUUCUGAGUUCGCAUUGCCAGAUUUCUGCAGAACAUAAUACUUCGCACGAGCGUCUUACAGAUUAGGUUGGUCUCUUUGGUGUACGAAAAUGGAAUCUAUGGAUGCGCGUCUUGUGGCGCAAGCAUUGAACUACCAUGGCCAGCAGUUGCAGAAAGUGUGGGAAGGAGAACGCAAUGAAAAUGAAUUGGUCAUGCUCAAUCUGAAGGAUCCAAGUUUUGAAAUCUACCAACAACGGCAAAAAACUUUGAGCUUUGGGGAUAGAGGCAAACGUCUCAAGCUUCAACAAUUCCUUGCUAAAAAAGCUGAUGCCUUGUAUGAUAAGACAAAUUUGGAAAAAUCUACAGAAUGCAUUAAGCAACAGCUAGGAGAUGAAGAAUUUUAUGCUACUGUACCAGGACUGGAUACUUUUGUAACUAUGGAGAAGUCUCAGCGUAUUCGCAACUUUUUAGAGAGUUUAGUAGUUGGAGAUGUAAUUUACGCGCAAGUAAUGGGUAAAAGUGCCGCUGGUCUGCUUCUGAAGGUGCUUUGCAACUGCAGUGAUUGUCCCAGAGUUGUUACUGAAUUAGGAGUUAAGGCAUUGAUGUUAAAUACGGCCAUUAUGCCGGCGGUAGACAAGAAAGGUGUCGCGAGGGGCUACAUGGCAAAUGAUCUCGUCUGCGUCGUAGUCAGUGAAGUGAACGUUGAGGCGGAGCGAGUUGUUGCAGUUAUGAACACAGAGCCCCGUGAGGGGCAAGCACCACACCCACCAAUGGGACUUAUCCAUUCCGACGAUCUUCCGGAGGCUUAUAAGAAAGCAAUGGACAAAGGACAAAGUUAUGAAACGCUGUUGGAGAGUAGUACUGGCUUCAACAAUCCAAACAACAUAAAAUAUUUGUGCGACUUAAUCGGUCUUGGACAAGAGAAUCACUCCAAUAUGGUUGGCUUGAGAGAAAGAUUUCCACCUAACGAAUACGCUUCUGAGCUGAGACAAGCACAAGCGAGCAAGUGGGCAUUCCGAAGUGUCGCAGAGGGUAUAGAUCAUUUCAAAGCCGGUCGUCAUACUGAAGCUUUCCAGUGCCUCAACAAAGCACUUACCGUUGAUCCUCGCAACGUCGAAGGAUUAGUCGCCCGAGGAGCAUUAUAUGCAAAUAGCGGGAGUUUCAAGAAGGCGAUUGAUGACUUUGAAACAGCUCUGAAAUUAAAUCAAACUCAUGUAAAUGCUCGUAAAUAUAUGGCGGAAACCCUUGUUGCGCUCGGUCGUAGUUAUGAAGAUGAGAAGAAAUAUGAGGAUGCUCAGAAGGCAUAUGAAAAUUGUUUAGCGAUUGCUCCAUAUCACGAAGAAGCACGAAAUUCUAUUGAAUAUGUAAAAUCUAAGACUCUUACAACGUCGUUGAAUCCUCUUGAUACUUUUAAGAACUUUGAAGCUGAAAACGAUGUUGUGGAAAAUAAAAAAGAUAAGAAAAAACGCAAAAAAGAGAGAAAAUCUAGAUCAAAGAAAAGACAAAGAUGGAGUUCCAGCUCAAGUUCUUCAUCCAGUGGAUCGUCAAGCUCUUCAAGUUCAGAUUCUAGCAGCUCGUCGUCAUCUGGAAGUUCACGAUCAGUUUCUCGUUCGCCAAGUCGCAAACGCAAGCACAAGAAAGAUCACCGUAGCUCGCUUUCUCCGCUUAGUAAGCGAAUGGCUCAAUAUAAUAAUCCUCCGGCUGCAACUACUACUACUCAUGAUACAAUCGCGCCAACUUCUUAUACCACGAGCACUCGCGAGAAAAUGGAUGAUUAUGAAAUCAAAGUCCGCAAAUUUCUUGAACAAACCAAGGAUGAUUCCGAUUAUGAAGAUAAGGUAAGAAAAUUUUUGGAAGAGACAGCAAGAUGGAAGAGGGAAAGGGAAAAGGAAAAGAAACAUUCUGAAAGUGAAAAAUUGAAGAAGAAGAAGAAAAAAGAGAAGAAAGGGAAAGAUAAAGAAAAAGAGGACAAGAAGAGUCGAAAAAAGAAGAAGAAGGAAGAGCGUAAAAAACGUAAAAACAAGGACAAGCUUGAACGAGAUUUAGAAGCACUGAAAAAAUCGUCUUUACCGGACUUGGAACAAUUAGAGUCGAAGCUAAAUGCUUAUUAUGCAAAGGUUGAAAAAGACUGUGCAGCGUUAAAAAGGUAUGUAGCACAGUAUAAUGACAUACCUUCCCCUCUUAGCAACGCGGAGAAGCUCGCUGAGAGUUCGCGCAGGGAGGAAGAGCUGCGUAGAGAGAGGGAAAGGGAGAGAGACGAAGCUUCGAAGGCGUAUCACGAGCGAGAACCUAGAGUACCGAUGACCGCACAACAGAGAAAAGAAAUCCAGAGGAAGCCUUUAACAGACAUAUUUGAACAAGAGUCCCAAUUAAUUCAUCCAGAACCGAAGCUCCCUACAUUAGAUACGGCUGCAUUGAAUGCUAAGUGGAAAGCUGCGCAAGCUGCUAGGCAAAAGGAUGUUCCAUCGCAAAAGUGGCAAGAUGUUCCAGAGAGCAAAAAGUUGCAAUCCAACGUCUUCGUAGAUAGCGACGAGGAUGACGACAAUGAGUUAGAAGAGAGACUGCAACGCGCGGCCCUUGAGAAAUCCUUGAAUAUACGCAAACAGAUGCAGCGUGAACUCGCCGAAAAAAGGGCAACACCAGCGCAGCCGAUGUCUGCACCGACACCUCCACCGCCAUUGCCCAAAGAGUCACCGAUGCCAAAACAGGCACCUGUUAAAUAUCCUACGCCACAGCCACAAAAUAAGUUCCAGUCGUACAAAGAUCCGUCUUUAUCCGUACCACAAACCACACCCUCUAAAUUUGGCUCCAGUAACAAUUUGGGUGGCAAAUUUCAACCAAUUGGUCAGAACAGUGGAACCGGUCAUCUGUCGGAACCACCGCGCCCGCCAGCGUCGACAAAGAAUCAAAAUCAAGCCAAAGGUCCAAGAACCGAUUCUGAUAGCGAAGUUGAGCGUCAGCAUCGACAGACCCCCAAGAAACGCGAUUCGAGUAGCAGAGGUGGGGUAAAUAAAAGAAUGAGCAGAGAUCGCCCAGCGAAACGAUCUCGUAGUAGAUCUCGCAGUGCCUCUAGCUCAGGCUCGUCGAGGUCUCGAUCGCCAAGGCGAAGCCGUUCACGUUCAUAUUCAAACCGAAGAUCCGGAAGUUAUGAAAGAAAAUACAGCAGAUCACCCUCGGGCACGUACAGCAGAUCACGAUCAAGGUCACGAUCCAGAUCAUACACGAGAAGUCGCAGUCGCAGUAGAUCAGGCGAUAGGGGUUACUAUCGCAAGAGACAAUUUCGGCCGUAUAAUAAUCGCGGUACAUAUUACAAGCCGCGUUUUCAAGGAUUCAACAAUCCAAACCAUCGUGGCGGCGGUAAUUUCCAGAAUCGGAAUCGCUUCUACAAUAACCAACAUAACAAUCGUUUCGGUAACCGACGUGGUGGCGGCUUCAAUAAUCGUGGUGGCGGUCGCGGUCGCGGCAAUCGUGGUGGUAGAUUCUUCCACGGUAAGCAGGGUUUCCGCGAUUUCCGUGACAGGCGAGACUUCAGAGAUCGGCGUGCAACGUCACGCGACCGUUAUAGCGAUCGCAGUUACUCACCUGAUCCUAUGCGAAAGGUUGAUGAAGCGAAAGAAAAGAUAAACAAGAUGCUCGAGGGUGGCGACGAUGUUGAACAUCAACAAGGUAGCGGUAGUUCAACUGUACCACCCAACAAGAGACAAGCCGGGCCCUUGAGUGAGGGUGAAGAAAGGGACGAUGAUGACUAUGAGAGAUGGGGAGAGGGAGAGGGGGGCGACGCAACUAACAAGAGUGAGGAGGUUGGACCCGUCAACGAUAACCUGGAGGGCAAGGAGUACUUCAUUGAGCGCAUGAAGCAGCGAAGCAAGAAUGUUUUAAUGCAGAGAGCCAUUGCAGCUAAGAUUUGGUAGAUACCGCUGUCGUCGCCACCGUCGCACUACUUCUCUGUUUCUCCUUCGUCUGUGAUAUAGUUUUUCUCAAUCUAUAGUCAACGACGCUCGACCGAUCACGUGAGACACACCUACACUUUCGUAGAAUUAGUACCGCUCAUUCUUCUCUCUCUCUCUCUCUCUUUCUCUCUCUCUCUCUCUCUCUACCUAUCUCUCUUUUCUCUCUCUCUUUCUCUCUCUCUCUCUCUCUCUCUCUCCCCCCCUCUCUCUCUCUUUCGUCGAACUUGUCUAAAUGAUUUAAUUCACAUGUAGCAAUAAUUAGGUCUUUUAAUGCUGUUUUGUUAAUAUGCGAUAAGCGCUCAAUGACAUUACACAAUUUGCGAGUGGCUUUUCAUCAUCAUGCGUUAUCAGAAAAAAAUAUCGGCUUUUUUGUUUUAUGCAACCUUUAUUUAUGUACAAGACAGAUAUAUAUUCCUUAACUCAUAUUAUUAAGAUAUCUUUAAUAUGUCAUAAUAUACGUUUUUUUUGCUACUAUUUUCGACUGUAUGCAUAUAUAAUAUACUCUCGAAAAUCGUAGUCACUACGUGUUAAAGCAUAUAUACCCGUCUGUGUACAAUGAAUUGAAUUUAGUACAUAUUAAAGAAGGAAGUCUGCGUUGACAUUGAAUGAGCGUCCAAGCAUGAUCAAUAAAACGGGGAAGAUUACGUAUUUCUAUUUUGUAAAAUAAUCACUGCGAUUCAUUCAAAUGCCUAAGCAGAACUUUCAUUUCGCUUGUAUCUUAAUAUUAAAGAUAAAACCCAGCAAUGCAGAACACUUAUGUACAAGUAAUGUCUCUCUGGUUUAUAUCUUCGAUUUUCCAUAAAACUGUGAAAAACGCAAAUAUGCGAUUAUAAUCUCUAUUAUAAACUAUUGUUUUAAGUCAUAUUAGAAAUAGAAUAAAAAUAUUCAUGUAUGUUAUAUGUAAACGAUAUUGCUGUAUAAUUGAAAAUCCCAAAUACAUCUAAAACAAAUCUGCAAA